AUGAUUCUCAACGGCACGCAGCUAAUCGGCAUGGAUGUUAAGCCGUUGAAAGACCAGAAGUUUAAUGCUGUCACGUUCAAAGACAGCUACCUUCUUGUGCCACUGCCGUUGGCCUCACUCCCAAAGGCCUUUGACAUAGCCGACAUGUCAAAAGGAGAGUUUCCAUACCUCCUUAAUCACCCCAUAAAUUAUGGAAAGGUGAUGCCCGGCCUUCCGGGAAAGCAGUACUAUUGUACAGCGAGGAAGAAGGCCGAGGCC